GAAAAUAGUGUAGCAUAAAGUUGUGCGAGUGUUUAUUUUUUAUUUAUUAUAACAAUAUUAUCGCAGUCGGUGUGUAUUUUCCAAAAUGUCCGAGCAAGCACAAUCGGGCCCCGUCGAUAAUGCAUGGGAAAUGAAAAUACCAGAAUUCAAGCCAGAAGAUAAUCCACAUGGACUAUUGGCCGAAAGUUCUUUCGCUACACUUUUUCCAAAAUAUAGAGAACAAUACUUGAAACAGGUAUGGCCUCUUGUUCAAAAAACUUUAUCAGACUACCACUUGAAGGGAGAAUUGGAUCUUAUUGAAGGAAGUAUGACAGUUAGGACUACAAGAAAAACCUGGGAUCCAUAUAUUAUAAUUAAAGCAAGAGACAUGAUCAAACUGUUAUCUAGAAGUGUUCCGUAUGAGCAGGCAAUUCGAGUACUUGAAGAUAAUGUUGGUUGUGAUAUUAUCAAAAUUGGAAACUUGGUUAGAAAUAAAGAGAAAUUUGUUAAGAGGCGGCAGAGAAUAAUUGGUCCGGAUGGUUGCACAUUAAAAUCGAUAGAAUUACUUACAAAUUGCUAUGUACUUGUUCAAGGAAACACUGUAUCUGCAUUAGGACCUUAUAAAGGUUUACAACAAGUUCGAAAAAUUGUUGAGGAUACUAUGAAAAAUGUUCAUCCAAUAUAUAAUAUUAAAUCUCUUAUGAUCAAAAGAGAACUGGCAAAAAAUCCAAAAUUGAAGAAUGAAAAUUGGGAAAGGUUCUUACCUAAAUUUGUCAAUAAAAAUAUUAGUAAACGUAAGAAGCCGAAGAAUAAGAAAGAAAAGAAACCAUAUAAUCCGUUCCCUCCACCACAACCUGAAACUGAAAUUGAUAGACAACUUCAAUCUGGGGAGUAUUUCUUGGAUGAAAAGACUAAAAAGGCCAAGAAACAAAAAGAAAGGGAAGAAAAACACGCAGAAGCAGCUAAGAAGAGAGAGGAAAGGAGAAAUAAGGACUUUAUUCCUCCUGAAGAGAAGGAUGCGUCCACAUCGAAGGCAGACAACAAAUCAGUACUGAAUAUUGAUGAAUUAAAAAAGAAAAUAAUGAAAGCCAAAAAAGGUGCUACAGUUUUCAAAUCAUGAACACAGAUAACUUUCACUCAUUCUAUCCAUGUAUAUAUCCCUAUAUAUUUUAUAUUUCAAUGUUUAAGAGUCUGCUGGUUAUUAAAUAUUGAACUUUAA